GCAAACCGGUGCACCCGGUCCCAUCUUAAGCGGCCAUGCCUCCGAAGUUACGAGCGUGGUGUAUUCUCCCAGCAGCCACAGAUUGCCUCGGGAAGUUGUGACAUGACCGUGUGGUUGUGGGAUGUGAAUUCGGUUCAAUGUUUGGCAGUUGUUGAAGGUUUCCAUGGAUCAGUCACAAGCAUCACCUGGAACCCUACUCCAAACGGCACCUAUUUCGCAACCGGCUGUAAGGAUAAGUCCGUUCGUAUGUGGCAGGUCAUAGAAAGAGGGGGAUCGCUAUCAGGUGCGCCUGCAUUGGAGUUCGAUGCUUGACAGUCUUACCGUGUCAAAUACCUCUAUCCAAAACGUCCAAGGCUUAAGCAGGAUAAAUAUGCGACUAUUAGAACAACGCGGCGCUGUG